AUGCCCACAUCCCAGCCAAUCAUCUAUCUCCCUGACAAUCUUGCCUCUUGGCCAUGGCCUCGCAGUCUCAACCCACAUUACGAAGAGUGCAAGGCCGACUCAGCCGCGUGGCUUGAGAGCUUCAAGGCUUUCGAUCCCAAGGCGCAGUCGGCAUUCAACCUCUGUGACUUUACCAACAAUCGCACCGGCUGCGAUCUCAUGAAUAUGUUUUUCAUCGUCGACGAGUACACCGACAUCUCAAAUGCUCACGACGCUCGCCUCAUCGUUGACGCCGUUAUGGAUUCCCUGCUUCAUCCUGAUCGCGUGCUGCCUGACGAUGAAUCCCCUGAUCGGAACACCCUUGCCGGCCGUAUGUUUAGAUUCUGGGAGCGCGGAUUCCCCAAAGCUAGCGCGUCGUCUAAACGUCGCUUCCUUGCCACCUUUUCCACCUACCUCGAAUCCGUGGUCGAACAAGCCGCUGACCGGGACCGAAGCCACAUCCGCGACGUUGACAGCUACCUGGAGAACCGUCGCGAGAACAUCGGAGCUUGGCCUUCUUUCGCCCUGCUGGAGCUCGACACCGACAUUCCGGACGAGAUAAUGAAUCGUCCAGAAAUGUACUCGCUUCAUAUCGCCGCGAUCGACAUGCUCAUACUUGGAAAUGAUAUGUGCUCUUACAACGUCGAGCAAUCUAAAGGUGACGAUCGACACAACAUCGUCACCAUCCUCAUGCAUCAGAAGAACAUUGGCGUCCAGGAUGCCAUGUACGAGCUCGCGAAGAUUCAUGCUGCGGCUGAGGAACGUUUCCACACCGCGCGCGCGGCUGUCAUGUCGUGGCCGGAGCUCGACACGCAGCUGACAGAGUACGUGGACGGCCUUGGGAACUGGGUCCGAGCGAACGACUCGUGGAGCUUCGAGAGCCAGCGUUAUUUCGGUACUGCUGGCGUGGAGAUAGAGCGUACUAGGCAAGUACGCCUCCUCCCUAAGCACUCGGCGCGGUUUAUGGCACCGCCUCCUCGUCCGGUAUUUCCUGCCAAGGUCGCCGUAGCCGUUGCUUAG